CCACCUGACGCCGCAUGGUGCUUCGAAAUAUUUGACUGACCAAUCGAAGCGAGUGCUUCCCAAGUGCACUUGAACCGUAGCCAAAGAGACACGCAAGAUAAACAAAGCGCGACUAAUGCAAAUUUAAUGCAUUUGUUCAAUACGCCAAAGCGAUUGUAUAUGAAAUGUUGUUUCCGCUAACGUAGCAUCGCGUGUGCCGUGUCAAAUCUCGUAUGUCUUAAUUUUACACAACAUUUAAAAGCCUAAAGAUGUUUAUGAGGAGGAAAAGGUUAUCGGAUAACGCGGAGUCCGAAGCGACCGAUUCGAGAAAGCUCGAGAGGAAACAGUGGAUCGAAAUGGGCAACAGUUACGUCCUCGCACUGUGGGGCCUGAUUAUGCAUUUAAUCCUACUGUGGGGUGUGUUGGACGUUAACUUUCAUUCGCCUGUCAUCAGAGGACUGCCAAUCGUACCGGCGCCCACCGGAGCACCGGCCAAAAGACUGCUGCUCUUCGUGGCGGAUGGUCUGAGGUUUCAGACGUUUAUAGAGAAGCCACCACCUUACCUCAGGGAUGCGAUGAAGAAUAGGGGUGUCUGGGGAAUAUCUCACACCAGAGUGCCUACAGAAUCGAGGCCGGGGCACGUCGCAAUCGUCGCGGGAUUGUACGAGGAUCCCAGUGCCAUCUUCAAAGGGUGGCAGGAGAAUCCGGUGGACUUUGAUUCUGUCUUCAAUCAAAGUCACGCUACUUGGGCCUGGGGCAGUCCGGAUAUAAUACCGAUAUUCACGAAAGGCAGCAAACGAAACGUUCACGGACAGAGUUAUCCGUCCACGUGGCAGGAUUUUGACGCUAACAGCAAUGAGACAAGACGCCUGGACUCCUGGGUGUUUGAUUCUUAUUUGAAAUGGCUGCAAUCCUCCACGGCCGAGGCGGUGAGAAGUCAGAAUGGGAUCAUCUUGUUCUUUCAUCUGCUGGGAUGUGACACUCUGGGACACGCUAAGAAACCACAUUCCAGAGAGUACGUGGAAAAUAUGAACUACGUCGAUCGGAAGAUCAAAGAGGUUGUGAGCGCGACGGAACACUUCUUUGGGAGGGACACCACCGCUUAUGUAUUCACGUCGGACCACGGAAUGACCGAUUGGGGAUCUCACGGAAGCGGUCUGCCGUCCGAGACUGAAACGCCGUUGGUCGCAUGGGGAGCAGGAGUAAAAUCGUCUGGCUUCCGUCAAGAUGUCGAACAAGCGAGUAUAACUCCCUUGAUAGCAUCUCUAAUAGGAAUUCCUAUUCCCAUAAAUAAUGAAGGGGCAUUACCGUGGCAGUAUUUCGACAUGGAUUAUCGCGAGUAUGUCGCACAUUCUUUAAUCAGCAAUGUGAAACAGCUCGCGCAUCAAGUAAGCGGAAAUCGCGAGAUAAGCUGUCAAAACAGUGGUUACACCGACUGGCGGGAGGCACGCUUGAACGACAAAAUUCGUAAAGCCAAUCAGCAUAUCAGUAGAAGAAAUAUAAUGGCAGGAAUUCGAGAGGGCGAUGAUGCAAUUAGUUUCAGCAAGGAAGCCUUGUCGUACUUCAGACAGUAUCAACGAAUACGAUUUUUAGUAUGUUUAUCGUUGAUGUGGCUUGGCUGGAUAGUUUUAUUAUUCUUAAAAAUAACUGGAGUACAGCAUCAAUCUUCGCAAAAAUCUACAUUAGUAAAUAUCGGAUUUGCGAGUCUACUAGCACUAAUAUGGAUUAGUCAUAUAAUGUCCAAUUGCGACAACUGGAGAUUGCCAUGCUACGAGUCCCUCGCUAUAAUCUCUGUAUGGCUUACCGCUGCUACUUUCAUCACAUCGACACCUCUAUUUGAUACAAAUACAGAGAACCUAUACAUAAAUAUUGGAGGCACGGUGUUGCUACUGGUGAUGCUAUUUAUUGGAUUUACAUACAGAUUUACUCUCAGCAUAGGAAUAUUGUUGCUCAUGUUGAUACGGCUGAUAAAGUCAGAAAGUGUACCUGCUUUUAUGGUUUGGACGUCGCUAGCACUGGCUGUGUUUCCAUUACUGCCUGUCGUCGAGCCGUAUCCACGCGUUUAUAUUGUGAUAAUCGGCGUAUGCGUAGCAAUAGGCAUAGUGAUUAUUAAUGAGAUGUCACAAAGCCGGAAAAUAAUGGAAGUUAUACGUCUAGUCAUUACGAGUCUUGUGUACAUAGAGCUUAUUGAUGGCCGGUAUUGGAUAUCGUGGAUUAUCCUGCUGACCACACCACUGUACAUUUGGUAUCAUCCGGUGGAUACCAAGAAAAGAACGUUGGGCGUAAUGCUCGGAUUUUUCUGCCCUCUCACGUUACUGUCGGCAUCGUACGAGCCGAUCUUCUUUGCGGCUCUUACAAUCAAUUUACUAUCUUGGCUGGAAGUUAGUUCACCUACCUCAAAGAGCUCGGGGGAGCGAGGAGAGAUCACGGAAGACCUGAUCAAAGCGGUGUUUUUUAUGUUGUACAUAUUAUUGUGCUUCUUCGGCACGGGAAAUAUGGCGAGCAUUAGCUCAUUCGAUCCGUCCUGGACACGCCACUUCGUCACCGUUUUCUCCCCGUUUCUGAUGACGUCCUUGAUAAUUUUUAAACUUAGCAUUCCUGUGAUAUUAGUGGGAUGCGUGUGCUACUCUUUAGAAUCGGAAGAAUGUAAAAAGCCCAUCACUCUAGCUGUGCUCCUCUUAGGCGAUUGUCUGUCACUGCCUUUGAUGUAUUGUGUCACGCCAUAUGGCAGCUGGCUCGAUAUCGGUAGCGCUAUCAGUAAAUUCGUUAUUGCUAUCACUCUUCCCUGUCUCUUUGUACUGCUGCGGUGUCUCUCGCGUCCACUUAUGAAAGUUGACUUGGAACGAUCUCAGAUCGGUAUACUAUCUCAAAAGAAGCAUAUCGUAUAGAGAUUUUUAUAUAAUUAGGAAAAUUAAACCAAUGACUGUUUUGAAA